UUCCUCAAGGGCAAACCAAGAAUUGGCAACUUGGAAGUCCCUAAACAGACUCAGAAGUGGAGGUGGCAGAUCAAAAGACAACCUGGCAAAAUGGCACUACCUGGAAGAAUCCUCCACCUUGUGCGAUUGUGGAGCAGAACAAACAACUCAGUGCUGCAUGCUUGCCCACCAUGCCCUGUCUCAUGCACAGAGGAAGAACUGUUUACAACUGUAGACAACAUGGUCACUGUUGCCCAUUUUUGGUCUAAAAUUAUUUAGCUGCUUGUGGUCCCUUUAUUUUAUCAGUUCUAUACUUAUCUAUUUAUGCAAUGUGUUUGACACGAAUUAAAUAAAUAAAUGUAAAUAAAUAGUUUUAGUUUUAGUGUGUGUAUUAUUAGCACCUGAUGAUUUGGUUACUAAUAGGGAAGUCUGAAUUUUGGUUUGAUUUGGAGAUCUUGAGAAUAGGAAAUAUAGCAACUAGUUGUUUAAAAAGAAGUCAAAAGCACCUCAAUGGGCUCAUCUAUAUGGGACUAAUGUGCUCGGUGUGUGUUUGAUCCUCCACUUUUGGUAGGAAUCAUAGCUUUAUCUGGUUUAACCUUACAUUAAGAGAAGUCAGGAGAUACUACAGACUUUGCCUGAAGUUUUAGCAAUCCCAUGGCUUUGGUGCAGUGUAGAUAGAAGGAGCAGAUUGAAUUUGACCAGUCUCCAGUCCACACUAUGAAUUGCCAUCAUGAGCAAUCGCUUUAACUUCCAUGUGACUUUCACUAUCCCAGAUGACUUUAAAUAUGAUAUCCCCUCCUCCAGCUUUCCUGGUUGUAUGGACACCUCUACUGAUGUGAGCAAGAAGUGUCUGCAGAAACCACGAGUUCACAUGGAGCUUUGUGGUCAUAUUGAAGAGCAAAGGCCACAUACAUGGCAAAGUCGGCAACUGAUGUUGUUUCGGCCCCACAAGACUGGCUAGAUACCAAUCUGCAGAUUCAAGGCCAGUUUGGGGCAUUUCUAUUCAACUAUUUCAGGAUUAACUGGCCAGUGUAGAUGAGGACAUUAACACCCAGUAAAUGCUGAGUUCACUUGGUUCAGAGUGGGUUAGAGAGAUGGAAAAUCUAAAUCACAUGCUAACUCUUGAUCCUGGUUAAUUUAUCUAGAAUGGACCUGCAUGUAGUUUGAAACCUUAUCAAAUGGUUUUUAGGAAGCUUGUCUUCCAGAUUAAACCUGUUCCGUCUCCCAGAGGUUUGGUUUGCAUUUUUCCAUAGCUGUAGAAAAUAGCACCUGUUUGCAUUUGCUCCAGGGUUGCUGCAGAUUCUGCAGCAGUCUGAUAGUUAGGAUAUUAGCAGAGUUUGUAGCCAGUUCAGCAAAGUCUUUGUUGCUUGCAGCCUGCAAAUGUAUCAGUUUGUUCUGGAGACCGCCCCUUUUUCUGGGGAAAGAAGGCUCCAUUUUGAGAAGCCUUUUCUGCCUUCUAAACUGAAGAAGAAACAACUUAGAUGUGCUUGCGUGGCCAAGCCAGACCAACUCUGUAAAGACCAUCAUUUCCUUUGAACAGAAGCUGGCCAAUUGGAGUGCCUCUGGUGUUGCUGUGAGAAGGUCCUCCAUUGUGUAUGUGGCAGGGCUCAAACUACAUUGUAGAAGCCAAUUUUAAAGGUGGUAAGGAGAUGGCUAAUCACAUGGGAGAGCAGAAGAUAAUUUGGAGUAUUUACACAAGACUUUGCAAUUGUGAGCCUGCAUGCUCAGAAACACAGUGUUCAACCCUCUGUUGAACACUGAAAAAUGUAUCUAGAGAAAACAAAGAAGGUUGAUUCAAGAAUCUUUUCAUCUGUGGCUUUUUGAUGCAAAAGGCUAAAAAAUACAUAUUGGCCCUUCCUCUGUUCAGCUACAAUAUACACAUUAGAUUUGGAGAUACCCUUACUUUUCUGUUGAAAGAAUGAAAAAAUGUGUCUGCUUGUCAGCUUCUGAUAUUGGAUCUUUUCACAUUCACACAUCAAAAGAUGCAGAUCACUAUUUAUGAAACAUGGAAAAAUCAAACAGACAUUACAAAAUUUAUCUUGCUGGGAUUUGGAAACCUUAUGGAGUUUCAGAUGUUUCUUUUUCCCGCACUCAUUCUGAUCUAUAUCCUAACUAUGUUUGGAAACAUUCUCAUUGUUAUUCUGGUUGUAUUUGAACCACACCUUCAUACUCCUAUGUACUAUUUUUUAGCUAAUCUAUCCUGCUUGGAAGUUUGCUAUAGUUCAACCAUCCUGCCGAAGGUGCUGAUAGAUCUUCUAACUGGUGACAAAUCUAUUUCUCUUUUGGGCUGUUUCACACAGCUUUUUUGCUUUGGGUGCCUUGUAAUUGUUGAAUGUUAUCUCCUCUCAGUAAUGUCUUAUGAUAGAUAUGUUGCAAUUUGCAAACCGCUUCACUAUGCAACUAUUAUGAAUGGCAAGGUCAUUCUUCAAUGUAUGGCAAUAUCAUGGAUCUGUGCAACAUCAAUUUUAAUUGUCAUCGUAUCUUUGAUGUCACAGUUAUCCUUUUGUGGCGUCAGGGAAAUUGACCAUUUCUUUUGUGAUUUCGCUCCAGUACUCCAACUCUCUUGUAAUGACACAACCCACAUUAGAUUAUUAGCUGUUAUAUUUGGCUCAUUUGAUAUCCUGCCCCCAUUUAUAUUGACUAUCACAUCUUACUUUUGCAUUAUUAGUGCUAUAUUGAGAAUUCCAUCCACUACUGGUAGACAAAAAGCAUUUGCUACUUGUUCCUCUCAUCUCAUUGUGGUCACCAUUUUCUAUGGAACACUAAUGAUUGUUUACUUACUACCAAACUCUAUUGCAUUUAAAAAGGUAUUUUCAGUCCCAUACACCAUACUGACUCCCAUGGUCAAUCCUCUUAUAUACAGUCUGAGAAACAAAGAAGUGAAAGAAUCUUUGAAAAAGACCAUAAGAAUAUUAAUUGGUUUCAAUGAAAAAAACAGAUGGCACCCAGUAGCUGUAUUUGGACAUAACAUUACGUCAUGAUCUGUGUUGAAAGGAGUUUGUUUAAAAAGACAAAAUGUGGGCAGUAGAGAUUGGGAUUGCAUGCUUGAGGUUACUGUCCCUUUACUGUUCUGAUGGUGUAUAUCUAUUUGCAUUUAUGGAAAGAUGAUAUCAUCAUACGUAUUUUGAAAUUAUUCUGUCUAGACGCAAAUAAUACAGUUUAAAUAGGACAUAUAAAAAAGAUUUGGUGAAUGGGAUGAUUAUAUAUCUAGGUUUGUGUGUAUAUUAGUAAUACUUUUUGCUAACAAAGCUUGGUCAACAACAAACACAAUGAAAAACAUACUAGAUACCUCACAACUUCUGAGGAUGCCUGCCACAGAUGUGGAUGAAACAUCAGGAGAGAAUGCUUCUGGAACAUGGCCAUACAGCCUGGAAAACACGCAACAACCCUGUGAUUCCUGUCAUGAAAGCCUUCAACAACACAUGAAACAUACCAGUAUUUCUCUUUCAGAUACAUACUGUUUGAUGGAGGUAGAGUCUGUGGUGGAGAUUGGAUAUGGAUAAUAUUUGAACUUGUAUUCUCAUCUGUGAUUAAUUUGACUCAUCCUGCCAAACACAUUAGCUGCUAUCUAUCUUCUUGAUCUGUUUUCAGAUAAUAGUCCCAAUUUGGACACAAGCAACUGGCUCCCAUUGGCUAAAUGGAUACCCAUAUUAAUAACUAGUUACAAAUGGAAGUGCCAAAUGUCUUAGGAAUAAACUAAGUAUUAGGUUGCUAUGAAUUUUUCAGGCUGAAUGACCAUGUUUUAGUAGCAUUCUUUCUUGACAUUCCACCUGCAUCUGUGGCCUGCCUCUUUAGAGGUCUGUUGAAAAUGACCAGAUUUAGUUCAUUUUCAUAGUUUUCUCUUUUCUGUCGAAAUUGUCCACAUGCUUGUGGAUUUCAGUGGAUUAUCUGUGUAGUCUGGCAUGAUGUUUGUCAAAGUGGUCCAGCAUUUCUGUGUUCUCAGAUAAUUUUCUGUGUCCAACUUGGUUCAUCAAGUGCUCUGCAGUGCCUUUCAUGUUCUUUGAUUCGUGUUUGGGUGCUGCUUUGUAGACUUGUCCCGCAGUGGUUAGAGGAUCCCUCUACUGGAUCCCUCUACUGGAACAUGGCCAUACAGUCUGAAAAACUCACAACAAUCCAGUGACUCCAGCCAUGAAAGCCUUUGACAAUACAAACUAUGUGUUGUCUUGGAAUUCUGUGAAUGAAACUCAUAGUGUAGUGUAAUUUUCUUUUUGAAAUAAAACAAAAUCCAAAACCUACAUAAGAGUAACACUUUUAUCUCCCAACCAAAAUUCACAAACAACUUUCUGCAAUCUUUCAAAUAUCCAUUGGCUUCUUCAUGAGGCCAAAAAAGUUAAACCAUCAUAUAAGAAAAGAAAAUCAUAGUUUGUUAGAAUCACAGGAUUACAUUUUGUAUUGGUGACAGUUCUGUUGUACAUAGUUCAAUUGGUUUGGAGGGAUUUCAUUGCAGGCAUGCAGUCACUUCCCCCUUGGCCAUAUGGAGAACUAGGGUGCAUCUACACUGUAUAAUUAAUGCAAUUUGAUGUCACUUUAACUGCCAGGGCUUAUUACUAUGAAAUCCUAGGAUUUGCAGUCUAAUGGGACACCAAAAUUCUUUGGCAGAGAAAGUUAAAGUCCUUGUAGAAUUACAACUCUUACGAUUUUAUAGCAUUAAAUUAUAGCAGUUAAAAUGUUGUCAAAGUGCAUUAAUUAUACAGUGUAGAUGCACUCUUAAGUGAUAAUAUGGUGAUUGGUGCCAUUUCUCCUCCUACUCUGCAUUCUUUGCAUAAGGUAUAGAAUGGGCUUUCUGGAAAAUAAUGAUGGUAUUCACAAUUGAUAGGUGAUUAAAUUAUUAAUGGACAACCAUCAAGAAUACUUCUGAUACCACCAACAAUAUAAUUUCUUUUCUUUUCUUUUUUUUUUGCUAGUUUGUCAGCAAUUAAGCUUGAGAUAUUAAAAUUGUGUAAAGGUUUAUUUAAAGCAAUUUCCCAUGGAGUAGGGUGGUGCAAAAUUAGAAUCAGAACCAGAGACAUGGAUAUAAAAUGGAAAAAUAAUCUAGAAUUGCAAUAAUGAGGAUGGAAAGUUGACAGAAACUAUUUGAACCUGGUGAUCCAGAAAGCAAGAUGGGGCUUAAUUGUGUUACAUAUGUUGUUGUCAUUCUUGAUAGAACAAAGUAGGGAAGUCUUUCAAGGUUGCUGUUCUAUGUCUUCUACCUAAUUAAAACAUUCAACUAUC